AUUCGCAUCGCGACGCCCUUCGUUCCCACGAUCCGCACCCGAAAGGUGGAUCGAGGGCCACGAGCAACGGUACCAAUCGAACUCGAUUCGUGUGCGAUAAACCCUGUGCCCAGGAACUCCCUCGCAUCGCGUUUUAUUCUUCAAGUGCGUGACAACAUUUAAAAUAAAUAAAUAAAUUGUAAUACGUUAAACCGUUCACGUGUAACUUAGUGUGAAAAGAGUUUGAAAGAAACAAUUUCUAUUCCUUUUUUUAAAUCGAUAAAGUGAAUUGCAAUAAACGAAUACUUUAAUCUCGAUGGAAAUUACGGAGUUCGUCGAUGAAUUCUGAGACCACUCGAGGUUUCUUAUUUACUCUGUUCGUGUUGAUAGUGUGUUGAUUGUGAGUGCCGAAAGAGAAAGAGAAAAGGAUAACGUGUUCGCCAGGCCACGUUGAUUUUCGCCCACGUUUGCGUCGAUCGCUCGAAACACAAACGGACCGUUAGUUUUUCGUAAUCACGUGAAUCUUCAUACGGUGUCUCUUCAAUUCGCUUCGAUCGGCCGUGGGGCGCUGUCGAAAUUGAAAAUUAUGCAAACAUAAUUUUCAUCGUGGCGCCCGUUUGCGUCAGCGCUGCGCGCCAGUGGUACACGUCCUGUCUGUCUUGUUUUACAAAGUUCACUGCCAUUGGAACGGUGCAGCGGGAUAAUUCAAGUAAAUUUUGUCGUUUCAAGCAAUUUUCGUACGCUUUCGGGAUGGAGUAACUCGAAGACGGUGGAUAUAGGAUGAGGCGACGUAGAGAGAGCCAGUGAAGAUGAUAUUAAGGCAGGGAACUGAUUGAAACGAGGGAAAUGGCGAUUCUCGCGUCCGUUAUUGUAAUGGGUGCUGCGCGUUUGAGUGUGUGGUGCGGAGCUGUGCUGUUCGUGGCUACGACGCUUGUCCGCUCCGAAAUCUCAUGGACACCAGUCUACUUGGGGCAACACAUUCCAGGUCAAGUGGAUCUUUGGACACAAAAGACGAAAGGGUGCCCCUGCAGUUUUAAUUCGUCCAGCAACGAGUGCGCGUGCUGCGUCCCGUCAGGAGGAUGCAGUUGUGGUGCAGCAUCGCCGGACAGAUGCGUUCAGUGCGGACUGGAGGAACACUGCGGCAACAUGUGCAAUAUAACGCUGGACAGCAAGCAGUUGUUCAGCAAAUCGGAUCGUGGCUUCGGGCAAAUAAAGUCGCCACCUCUUGAAGGGCCAUCCAGGUGUACGUAUAGGUUCGUCCCAGACACGGGCCAACGAGUCGAGGUACAAAUCCAUCGACUGAUCGCGAUUGGGCGACAUAACGGCACAGCAUGCGAGGGUGGCUGGCUCCAGCUCGAAGGCGGUGCUCGAGUUUGCGGCCGCGACGAACGUUUCGGUCAACCCGUUGUCCUGUUUUCCGACAAACAGGUCCCUAUUCUCCACAUGCAGAUAAACGAGAACACCACGAGAUCCCAGUUCAUGGCGUACUUUAGCUUCUCGUCCAGAGCAAGCAUGUCCGUUGGCUGGCCAGUGAAAGGCGGGUAUCCAGUGAACAACACAGAAUGCGACUGGGUGUACGAAGACACCGACUGCCACGAUGGAUGCGUACUAGCGAGUCCCGGAUAUCCUGGCCUAUAUCCUCCGAACAUCCGGUGUCUGUACUUAAUUACUUCCGGUCCUCGGAUGUCCAUUGCAAUUAACUUCAGCUCUGUGCUACUCCCGGACAAUCACCGCACAAGCGACUAUAUCGCCGUGUAUUCGGGACCAACAACGUCGAGUCCUCUCCUGAGGAUGCUAUGCUGCAAUGAAACCGAUUCCUUGAAAUACGAUGGACAGAAGCUUCUAGUCGAAUUCAAAACGGGUCCUGAAGUGCCACCAUACAAUUACAACGGUUUCGUUGCGAGUCUAAGUUUCAUCGAAAUAACGACGGAAGCGCCGACGACAGUUACUGCGGACCCCAUCAAUAAAAAUCUGGACACGAUGAAGUCGAUCGGUUACAACGUGCACUACAGCAACCGGGCCCUCCACGAUCACAGAAAGGACCAGGGCUCGGUGACGAGCAGCUGCGACCUGGAGGUCAAUGGCGAGGAUGUUCGUUCGGGUCACCACGACACCAGAGGGAAGCUCAAGUCGACGACGUGCAGACUCGUGCUUCGAGGACGUGCUUAUGACACAGGACACGUUUCGCUGGCCAGUUACAAUCUCAGUGCUCCGUCCUGUCAAUCUUCGAUCGAAAUAUACGACGGGAUUCCCGAAGAAGUGAUGCUUGGCACCAUGAAAUCUCUCAAGAGAAUCUGCAGUCCAGCGCAGAGACUUCCACGAGAAUUCAAGCAACAAGAUACCUACAUCGAACCGAAAAGGUACUCGUCCAACGGCAGAAAUAUGAUGGUCGUUCUGAGACGAGCUACGAAUAGCCCCACCGACGAGGAAUACAUGGACGUCUCCUACUACUUCCACAAUGAACGCGAGGGUGGCACUCAACAACCGGCCAGCGUGUGCAACGUUGAAUAUUACGGAUUGACGUCACGGGUGAAUGGUUCCGUGGUGCAUCCGGAGCCUCACCGAUUAUCCGCCAUGAAGGGGCCUAUAAAGUGCAAGCAACACUUCAUUCCAGCUCGUAAUCAGUCGGUCGUCAUUCGAGUGGAAAGCAGUACGGAACGGAGACCGAACAACACGUGCGAAACCAAGUGCGGGGACAGCGGCUGUCAGUGCGACAGCAGUGAAUCCCUCGAGACAAUGGACCACCUUCUACUGGUCUCUGAAACUGGUCACAUCGUCACCUGCCUCUGCGGGAAUUAUCAGGACUGGCUUCCUGUUGGCAUCCGUAGCUGGACACCAGUAUACAUUGAGUGGUCGAGGUCCUCGGAGGGCCUCAAUUUCCGCGCGGCUUACGAGUUUAUCAACGACACUUAUUGCGGUGAUUACACGACUACCAAGCUAGAAGGCGAGGUCAAUGGCGGUGACCUGGCCAGCAGCGGGCUGAAGUUAAAUCAGUACUAUCAGCAAAGAUGCACGUGGAUAUUGCAGUCAUUGACGGAUCGACAGCUCACCAUUGAAGUGAAAUCUACACAGAGCCGACCCUGCACCGCUUGGAAUCUGACGAUACACGAGUACAGCGAGAUUGGCGAUCCAGCUGGUCCAAGGCUGCACACAUUCUGCUCGAGGGACACGCACAAAAAUUUCACUCUUCCCUGGAAGACGAACACAGUCGUCGUUAGAUUACAAGCUCUUGGAAGAACCGCUCCAGAGUAUACGAUGAAGUGGAGAAGUCAAACGGUAAUCGCGAAUACUCACAAGAGUGGACCAUCGCCGGCGCCUAAUCACGUGCGCGAUUCCUCGAGUGGAAACCGAUCACACGAAAUGAUGAUCCUAAUUCUCGCCACGAUACUGCUCGCUCUAACGACCGGUUGUUGAGUAAUGGAGCUUGACAUGUCGUGUCCGUACACGUUCCUGUUCAAUGAGAAACAAACUAUACGAACAAGCCCAAGGUUGGUCUUGUGUGUGUAUCUACACGGUUCUGAUAUCAUAUCGAUGCUCGUGUUUUCUUGCUUGGAUUACUUUUAAUAGUUCACGACAGGAUGAUGAAUUUUGAAAACCAUGGUAACGUUUGGAAACUUCAUUUAAAGUCCAUUGUAUAAUUUUUUCAAAUAAUUAUCUAUUGCCUGGAAGCAGAUAGAGCGAAUCAUAGAAGUGUUGACUUAAAAUGAUUGAUAUGAAUUCUUAGAACACAAUAUUUUGGGCUAUUAAUCUGGACAAGGUUUCAAGCAAAGACAAAAAAAUGUUUAAAACAAAAGUUAAUUUGUUUUGAAUCGGCUACAAAUUUUAGUGUGAAGAAUUUGCAAACGAACUUUUUUUUCCAUAAAAUGUCAAAGUACACUUGACUUAACUUUGCAAUUUUCUAAAUCUUGCUAUAUGAAGGUUCAAAGAAUACCCUUCGUUAUCUGAUAUUUAAGAACAUAAGAAAAAAAAAGAUCAUUUGCUUUUCUUGUUUAUCUUCUGAAUUUUACUAUAAAAUUUUUAUUUGAAUAAAUUCUACGUCCAAUUGUAUAGAGUCCCUUCGUUUAGGCUGACGAAAAAAUUGUCUAAUCACAAAUUCAUCUGAAAUAUAAAGUUAAGGAAAUUUUACAAUCUGCCUAAAUGUAACUAAUGUUAAAUUAUUCAGUUUUUAAAAUCUUUCAAAUAUUUGUAUCGCUUUAUAGUUAAACAUUGACCUUAAGGUAAUCACAUACCUAUAUUUUAAACAAACUUCCAAAAGCUAUCUUAUAAUUCAGCCAGUUAUCCUGUCGCAAUCCUUCAGCGAAGUAAUAAAGGAAGAGUCUAAGAAUUUCAAUUUACUUGACUAAAUAAACGAUAAUCAGGCAAUCAGUUUCUGUGUAAUUCAAGUAAACAGUAUCUGGAUAAUCGAUAUUCAGAUAAUUGUCUUACUACUGUACCUUUCGAUAGAAUUAAUUCGUCCUGACAGAGGAACACGCUAACAAUGCCGAGCAAUUUUAGCGAAAUAUCGGAAUCAUUUUACACAGACACGGGUUGUGAUAGAAUCGCCGGUGACAGAACGUUGAUUUCAAAUUUUAUCUAUAGCGCGGGCAACAGGUUGUUUCUGAAUUGCUCUGCGCAAAUGCAGGUAUCGCUAUGUAUGUCUAUUCUUAUUUACCGAACAAAUAUAUGAACUUUUCAUGAAACAAGUGUAUGUGAAUAUUUGUUAAAAAACAAUGCAAUUUUUUGCGCUAGAGUAUUGUUUGAAUCGGUUGAUCGUUUAUAUGUGAACGUUUUAUUGCACAAUAUACACACUUGGAAACUCAAUAAAACAAUAGACUAGGAUUAAUUGGAACGUUUUUGAUUAUAUAUUUUACCGUGACUUUAUUCUAUGUUCUAUCUGUUUUACAAUAGUCUUCAAUUAAAGCAAAAUUUGUUUUCAUAAAUACUAUCAAAAUAGUUUUUUAGAAGAAUCUCGACAAACGUUUCAAAUUACCUUAUGCCUGGGUCAAUAAAAAGCAAUGCUUGAAAUUAGUUGUUGCAUCUAUGAAUAAAAGAUAAUUAUGUUCAAAGAAUUAUUUUUAUUUCUUAAUAUUCACCUUCAACAGCAUUAUUAAAUGAAUUACGAAUGAGCUAAUAAACAACUACAAUACAUACUAAACAAAAAUUAGAUUCAUUAAAAUCACUAAAAAUGAAACAUGAUUUAAACAAAUUACGUGAAAAAUUCUAUAUGUCGAGUGAAAAAUGUUUCAAUCGACAACGAAACAAUUGUAUGAACUGACCUAACUCCGUUGUUCCAAGUAUUUAAUGUCACAGAAAAAAAGUGGAUAGGUGUUUAACAUUUUAAAAUCAACUGGGAUAUUCAUCGUUAUGAUAAUAUAAAUUUGACAAAAAAAUAACAACAGUUUUGAAUAAAUGAACAAUAUAAAAACAGUUGGAAAACUUAUUUUUCCUGUUCGAAAAGUAAUACAUCCAAAUAAAAAUGUUCUAAGUGUCCAAAUCAUUGAUAAGUACUAAGCGACACGUUUAGACAUGAAAACUGGUCCUUCUUCCACCAACUAUUUUUAAGAUAUUUCACAUAUUUCUAUUGAACCAUGUUUCAAUUAAUCUCAGUCUCCACUGCCCGUUAAACACAGUAACAAUGACUAAAUUGCACUGUAUUUCUGUAGAAUGUAUUCAUAUAGGAAAUUCAGACCUCUAUUAUUCGAUUCGGGCACUAAAUCAUUCACGAAUAUACAAAUAAAAUUAAAUUACAACUUUAUAAUACGUAAUAUAUUGUGCAUUCGUAAUACAGUUAAAUAUUCAGUUAAAAUAGGCGUAAUUGUAAUAUACUUUGAAUUAGCGAACAACAAUAUGUAGAUUUGAUAUUAGUUAUUUAAUUAAUUUACAUAUUAAUUAUAAGUAAUUUAUUUCAAUCACCGCUUGAUUAAAUAACUCAUUUUAAAAUUAUAGUUUGUAUAUUAAUUCUAAACAAAAUUAGACAUUAUUUCAUUCUAUUAUAACACGUUAAGAAAUCAUUACUCUUUUGAGAAUUAAAUUAAAAUUCAUGGACUAGAAGAUCAAUAUUUAUCAUCCGAAUACCAGUUCAUCGAAAAAUCUCGAAGACACCACGCUCAAAAUUAAAUAGUGUCAAGAAAAUUUGUGUUAGACUUUAUCAAAACACGAGCAUCGAACAAUAAUCGAAAAUAAGAGUUCUAGAACGAUUUAACCGAGGCUCAAGGGAUAUUGCUCGAACGUAAAGGUUUCUCGGUCAAAAAUUUCAUGAUGACUUCUCUGGCAAAUUAGCAUAACUACAAAGGACGUAGUCGAUGAGAAUUAACAUCGAAUAAUUGGUAACGAAUCGCAUUUUGGAAUUCAACGCGCUAGUCGGACUACAUAUAUAAAUAUAUAAAUAAUAUAAAAAAUAAAUUAAAGAUAAAUGAGAAGAGAUAUACAUAUAUAUGCUACGAAUCACUCGGUGUAUACCACUCGUUCUAGUCCUAAGAGUCUAAUAGAACAUGUACAUAUUAUACAUACAUAUGCGUAUACAUAAAUCUGUGCAUAGGGUGGAACGUCUAAGUGGAAAUUCGCGAACGCGUCUGUCAUUUUUGAGAGCAUGACAAUCUUCUCCAGAAAACAUCUUUCUAAAAUUUGUAUGAUUUUUGGCAGACUAUAAAGAGGAACCUACAUAGCUUCCAAGUUUCUGUAAUAUUCGUUCCGAAUAACCACAAUGUUAUGUAGUCAAUAUUUUCAAGCAUUUGGAAGAAAUGUUGCCAAAGUUAUUUCGCUUCAAUUUAUUUUCAGGAAUGUUUUCAAAGAGGAAAAACUUUAAUGAUCUUAAGAAUUUCUAAAGAAAUUUAUCAGCAGAAUCUUAAUGUAAUUUUGUUUAAUGUUCUUAGUCGUUACAAAAAAAUAAUAUGAAAGAAGUAAGAGAGUUCGAUUAUUUAAAAAUUUCUAAACAACUGGUAAUGAACAAUCUUGAUGUAAUCUUCUUCCUAUUACACUAGUUAUUUAAAAGAAAAUUAUACUAAAGUUAUUUUACUAGUGUUCAUUCUUUAAGGGUCCCUAAAAAGAAAAAAAAAAUGUAAUACCUCACGAGUUUUUGGAAACAUGAUUCAAAGCAUUCGUGAUACAAUCUUAUCAAUAUUCCUGUUCCUUCAAACAAAAAUAAUACAACAAUUUUUUUACUAUGCUGGUUGUUCUGUAAGGACUAUGAAAGUGAAAAUAAUUUUAAUACCUUUAUAAUUUCUGAAUAAAUAAUCCUGAGGAAACUUGAUACAAUCUUCGGUUUAAUAUUCGCAUUCUUCCAUAUCAAAAUUAUUUAUUUAAAUGAUAUGUAUUGUCUCCAAGGGCCUCGAGUAGAAAAGAGCUCUUCUAGCUUUCAAAUUCCUAAAUAAAUAAUCUUGAGCAACAUAGACAUCGUCUUCCGUUUAAUGUUCACAUUCUUUCAAUGAGAAACAUUACCGAUACUAUUUCAUCAAUAUCUACUCUCACAAAGGACCUCAAAUAGGAUAGGACUCUGCAAGCUUUAAGAUUCGUAAACGAUGAUCUGUAACAUUUCUACUCAUUCAUUCCCCCUAAAAUGAACACGAAAAUAAACACCCAAGUGAAUGUGCAUCUCGAGCGUUACUUCUUAGACUUCCUAUCCUGUGUGUAUAAAUAUACAUAUAGCGAGUAUAAAUUACGAAAAAUGGAAAAAAAAAUACGAAACAGAAUGGAAAACGCGAUGCACGGAUUUGAAGUAGCGAGAACCACACACGUCACCUCUCUCACGCAAAUGCCAAAAGUAAACGUGUAAUAAGUUAUAUUCGAUAAGAGCUCUUUGUACAUACGUGGUAAGGGCGGUUAGGAUUUGUACAGAGUAUCACGAACUACGUUAAGUCGACGGGAUUCAUUGUAAAUUCUGCGGUAAUUCAUUGUAACGAGGCGCGAUUCCGAGGAUGAAUACAGAUUGUAUUUUAACGAAUGAGCUUCGAGUGCCCCAAGGGGCUUCUCGAUUAAUUGUUACACCGAACUUCCGGAAGUUCGUUGGGAAAGUCUCUUCUUCCACGUACAGGAUGUUUCCUCGUAACUUGAUGAAACA